UGGUCAACAACUUAUGAUUCGCUCGUAUGAGAUUGGAGUUUUGUUUCUACCCAAAGACCAGGUAUUUUGUUUAGUUAUAUCUCCAGCGUUUCAGUUGGACAAAUGAAAGAAAAUUCUUUCCUGUGACUGUACCCUUUUUGAUCCAGAUUCCAUCUAUGACUCAAUAGUUAACUGUCAUUUUAUGAACAGGAUCCUGAAAGCAAAUACUUUCAUGUGAAAGGAAAACAGGAAAGUAAUGAAAAGUGGUCAAGUUAUAGUGUACAGCUUCCAUUUGAUGUCCCACCUUUGCCAUACACCAAAGAUGGUAAGAUUCCUUGCUUGUGUUCAGGCAAUUUAGCAUAAAGGUAUCCUCUUUUCAGUUCACAUCAUGAAUUUCCAAAUUUGUUUGAAAUCAAAAGUUCCUCCUUGUUAUUUUUUGAGUGUGAAUAAUUUGUAGCAAUUUUCUCAUUGUAAAUUAUGGUUGUGGGACUGGUCAUUAUUUAUCCUUGGCAGACUUAGGGGGGCAGGGGGUGGUCAGGGGAGCAGGGAUGGUCAGGGGGGUAGGGGGGUUCAAGGAUUUUUCUUGUGUCACAAUAAAAUUUACCUGAUCCCCAACAAGACUCUGUAAUAUUCUUAUGAUCCCCCUCCACCCUUUAACUCCCAUGAGUGACCAAAACAGAAUUUCUCCUUACAAUAUCAAUACAAUAUCAAGCAAACGAGUGGUGAGAAUAAAGAAAAAUAUCAAUUUGGGGAUAAUUAGUUGAUUCAAUACUAAGUUCUCUGAACUAACAUGAUAAGAACUGUAUGGUUGACAAUAAGGAGAAUUACAAAUUUGAUCUGGGUGUUAAAGGGUUAAUUGGCAGUCAGUUUUUUAUGGUCAAGCCUUUAUGCUCUGUUGGUGACGGCAGAUCUCCUCUCCUUUCCCCCUGAAAACCAUGUGAUCCCUGGGCACAUGCAGAGAGUCAGGUACUUAAAAUCAAUGGUUCGUCUAUGAAAGUCUGGUAUUUCAUGUCAUGUUUGUGUUUUGUCAAAACAGAAUCUCCUUGGAUGUGGGAUGUCAAAUACAACACACCUGAUGGUCAUGGUAGAAUAUGGUCACCAUCAUAAUCAAAGCAGUCAGGGAAUCACUGGGCUAUAAUGGACACAAAGGAUGUCAGGGGGAGGGCAAAGGCAAAGGCAAAGGCCAUAUAUACCUUUAAAAGAAAUGAAACUCAGA